AUGCUUAAUCACGUGCGGUACCUAAGCAAUGGGAGGUUUAAGAAUGCAGAUCACCAAGUAGUAGUGAACUCUAAUUACAGCAGAUUGUCAAUUGCAACAUUCCAAAAUCCACCACUAGAGGCCAUAGUUUACCCAGUCAAGGUCAGGGUCGGGGAGAAGCCGGUUCUCGAUGAGCCCAUCACGUUUUCCGAGAUGUACAAGAGGAAGAUGAGCAAGGAUCUUGAGCUGGCCAGGCUGAAAAAAAUGGCUAAGGAGAAACAGUUGCAGGUGUCGGAACCCAUGGAGAACUCCAAUGAUCACGGCGUACUGGGCAUGCGGGCAUCAGAUCCCAUGGAGAACGUCUCAGAUCACGCCGUACCGCUCGAUAAGUGGGCUGCAGAGCUCUAA